CUAAGCACAACAGCUCUGAGAUCUUCAAGCUCUACAGAACUUCUACAGAUUCUUUCUGUCAUUGUGAAGAAACAUCUUGAAGAAUGAGAAGCUUGAUGUGUGUGCCGUUCCUGGUGCUCUUCUGCUCUGUGCAGAUGACUUCAAGCACUCUCGAAGCAAUUGAUGCACAAUCAAACUGCUGUUUAGAGUUAAGUAGUGUGAAGAUUCCUCUAAAGAAAGUGGUGUCUUACUACUGGACCACCAGAUGCAAACACGCUAUUGUGUUUAAGAUGAUUUCAGGGAGAGAGUACUGUGUAGCUCCAGAGACGACCUGGGUGAAACACCAUGUUGAUAAAGUGGACAAAAGAACAGCCACUGCAGCUGCUGCUGCAUAAACCUCUCCUACAGCAAAGACUCAGAGCUUCACAAUCUAAAAGAAGCUACACUGUUUCUAUUUGAUCUCUGCAUUUCAUAUUGUAAAUUUGACCACUAUUUCUGAUGUGUAUAUGAAUAUAUAAUUGACAACAUAAUGUAUAUAAAUGGAUCAACUUGUUUUUACAACUGUUUAAAUAAAAUAUAAAUGAUAAAUUUA